CUUGAAGCCGGUUGGGGCAUUGUUUCUGUUCAGAGUUAGAGGAAUGGCUCUUCCAUUCCUUCUGUCUUUUCUCUUGCUGUUUAUGGCAGGAGAUGCAAAUAACUUUCCAGAUUUGGAGUAUGACGUAGACACUGCUCUAGUCUGGAAAUGUCCUCUUUCUCCUGACAAUAAUGCAACAGUAUUAUAUAGAGAUAAAGACUAUCAAUACGUUGCAUCAUCUCAAGAGCUGUUGAAUAAAAAUUGUACUUUUGUAUCAAAUAUGUUUCAGUUGCUAUCUCCUUUUGAUGAGCUGAAGGAGCAAAAUGAAGCAGUGAAAUCUAAAAAUGUUAAGAGAAAUGUAUUUCAUCAUAGUUCUUGGUUUAAACAAUACCAUAAUCUCAGUGUUAUGUAUGAUUGGUACAAAUCAUUAGCUCAUGAGUAUUCAUCAAAUGUUGCUGUAAAGAGCAUCGGUAAAACAAUAGCUGGUAGAGAUAUGCUGGCUGUAGUGAUAGGAACUGAUUCAAACCAACCUGCUGUGUACUUCCAAUGUCUAGUGCAUCCAAGAGAAUGGAUUACUGGCCCAAUGUGCAUGUACUUAACACAGCUAUUGGCAAGAGCUGAUUCAUCUAAUAAUAUUCUCUUCAGUUUAUUACAACAAUAUCAAUUUAUUAUCGUACCUGUUGCUAAUCCUGAUGGUUAUUAUUUAACAUGGUCAAGUUAUCCCAAGUAUAGAUUUUGGCGCAAAAACCUCUCAAAGAACAAAGGAUCAUCAUGCUUGGGAGUCGACUUGAAUCGGAAUUUUAAUAUAAAAUGGGGCAAACAUGGCAGCUCUAGCAAUCCUUGCAGUGACAUUUAUCAUGGGGAUAACUCUGGAUCUGAAUUAGAAGUGAAAACUAUUACAAGUUAUCUCCGUGAUCUUCCUAACCCUUUAAUCGGCGCCAUAGAUUUUCAUUCCUUCUCACAAGAAAUCUUUUAUCCAACAGGCUGGAGUACUGCCUUGCCAGACAAUAUUCAAUACUUCAAGUAUAUAACUCAAUGGAUGGCUAGUGCUGUUAAUCAAAAUGGUAGACAUACAUUCACUGUUGGUCAAAUGGGUGCUCUGUAUUUAGCCUCUGGGACAUUCACCGAUUGGUUAUUGACAGAUGAUUUUAUUAACAGCAACAAGGACAAAUACGGUCACAAAUAUAAACCAAUACCAAUAACAGUUGAGUUACCACCAACAAGAACUGUCCCAAUAACCGGCUUUAUGGUCCCUCCAGAUCAGAUAUUGUCUAUAUGCAAAGAAAUGACUCCGGCAGUUAUCAAAUUUAUUUCAUUAUUAAAAAAAACAACAUUAUGAUUGAUGAAAGAAAACAAUGUGAUUUAUUAUCAUAACUAUAAAUCUAUUAUUUUUAAACACAAGUCAAAAACUAAAAAAAACAUAAUAUUAAUAAUCCUUUUAGCCUGUAGCUCCUUCAAUCUAGACAAAAGGAUGCGCCAGAGAGAAUAUUUAAAUGUCAGAACAUGAUUUUCCGGCCACC